CAGAGCUACACAAUUGAAACAUGCACAAGUCAUACCAACCACUGAAACCUGCAACGAACAAGUACCUGCAGAAGAAAUGGGACCAGACCAGAUAUGAGGAGCAUAGGAAUAAGCUGAGUACGGCCAGGCCCAUUGUGGACACUAAAGGCAUUAGAACACCUGCACAUGUUCAGCUGAAACUCAAGAAACUCCAGUUACAAGAUGAGAGGCUGGUCACCAUCGAGAGAGAUAACCGUCUCCUGUCCUCCAAGCUGUCUGACAUCGUGCGGUCCAAAGGUCUGGUCGACCACAGGAACCAUUAUCCCGAGAGAAGUCUGAACGCUGAGAAGAGGAGGGAUGAGCUGCUGCAGGUGACUAAUCAGAACCAGGCCAUCUACCAGCGAAUCACGGCCCGUGAAUCUGACUACCGUCGCCAGCUCUGGUUGGACGACUGGGAGAGGGUGCUGCGCAGACGUGAUGACAUCGCUCGUUACCCUCGUGCUGUCGCCAACAAACAGGCUCGGGAGAAGUGAAGGUGGAAUCAUAUGUCCUCCGAAACAUGUUACUCGCCUAACCGUGCUCCUUAACAUCCGCCAGCUUAACCCAGAAGCCAGCCACACCAAUGUGUCGGAGGAAACACUGUUCAACUGGCGACCGGGGUCAGCCCACAGGUACCCGGCCCACCACAACGAGUCGCUAUAGCCCGAUGAGCAUUGGCCAACUACAAGAAACGUCUGACCUCUGUGAUUGCCAACAAGGGUUUUGCCACCAAGUACUAAGUCAUGUUUUGCAGAGGGGUCAAAUACUUAUUUCC